AUGGAGAAACAACAACCUCUGCAGUAUCUAAAGGUCUACACACACAAUGUCGCUCGAGUUCUCAAGCCUUCUCAAGAUGGUGAAUUAGCACAUGCAAUUCAUGAAACUUUGCAUUACUCUUUAGAUGGAAAUGAGGAUGAUUAUUUGAUCUCACGCUCUCAACUUGCUGCGUCUUCUUGUGCACCUUCAAGUUCGGCUUCGGCUGGCAAGUCUUCCUCAGAUACAUUUGCUUCACAAGGGCAAAAUGGAAAACUUGAAUCCGAUUCCGAAGAGGUCGUUCAUCCUGGUUUCGUAGCGACAAAUGAUCCUGAUCGACCAUAUGCAUCUUAUAUGUGGAACGAAAAGAGCUCCCUUUUGACACUGCCUCAUCCUAGCACGAUCGAUAAACCACUCUUGAGCGAUCCAUGCACCGCAUCCGAUAAUGAGGCAGACUUGCGUGAUGCAUUCGAUGUUACAACAAAAUUCUUCUAUUUUUCCGAUGCAAAAGUUGAUGGAAACUCGCAAGAAUCAUAUUAUCCGGCAGAAUGGAUCGAUGAAGCGCUUGGAUGUCUUGCAACUGCGACAGGACUCAAAACUGCAGAUACUUUCAUCAUUGCCUUUCCUAAGCUGAAACUAGAUUGUCCACACGCAAGUGAUGAACAGAUCUACAAAAAAGCAACAAAAGUGGCAGAUGUUUGGAAGCGUAUUUCGACCGAUAAAAGGAUCUUGUCCCUAGGUUUGUCUGAUGUUUCGCAACGAUCUCUUCGUGCAUUUGUCUCCCAGCUCGAUUGUCCCAGUUUACCGCCGGAAGAAGCAGAAUUAGGAACAAAUGAGCCAAUCGAAAUCCCAUCUUCACCUUCAAAGGUCUCGCUUGGACCUGAUCGUCUUGAUGAACGAACAGAGUUGAUCAGAGUAUACGGUCCUGGUCCUUGCAGGCGGCCAAGAUUAUGCACCAUCAAUCUACGUGAACAAAAUUGUGAUGAUAAUUCCCUUGGAGGUCGUAGCGUAAGCAAAACAAGUGCAAAUGCAUCUUCUUGUUGGGAUCGUGGAUUGGCAGAAUACUGUAAAGAAGAGAAUGUUUUAUUGGUCGCUCACAAUGAUCAAAAGGAUAUUUUGCCCGAACGUUGUUUACCAACUUUGCUAGGUGAAUUCGAAGGCAGGAUACCACAUGCCAUGUCUUCCAAUAAAAGGCUAGAACCUGUUUGGCUGCUAAAAUAUACAGUCUUGAUUCGCGAUCGCGGAGUUUUGGCUGAUAAAGGAUUCGUCUUGUUCUGCAAGACUGUAGAAGCAUGA